AUGUUGGAUGCAAAACCGACAACCACACUGCUCCAACCUGAUAUUCAACUAACAACCACAAGAGAUCCAUUCUCUGAUCCCACUCAAUAUCGCUUUCUCGUUGGUGCACUCCAAUAUCUCACUAUAACUCGUCCUGACUUGUCCUACGUGGUAAAUUUGGUUAGUCAGUUUUUUCAAGCUCCAACAAAUGAUCAGUUUCAAGCAGUUAAACGCAUCCUUCGAUAUGUCAAGGGCACCAUGUCCUAUGGCCUAUCCUUCACCCGUGGAGCUUCCCUUAAUGUUCUUGGAUACUCGGAUGCAGAUUGGGCUCGAUGUAUUGAGACUAGGCGAUCAACCUAUGGUUAUUCUAUCUUCUUAGGCGGAAAUCUCGUCUCAUGGAGUGCUAAGAAAAACCAACUGUAG